GGCGGCGCCCUGUGGGCCGGGCGACGCCGCACGGUGACGUGCAACGGCGAGCGGCAGGUCGUUUUGGCCGCGGUGGCGGCGGCAGCGGCAGCGGCAGGGCCUCCUCCCCCGCCCCCCCUCACCCGGCUCUGGUGUUAAGCCGAGGGCAUCGAAGCCUCGGCCUCGGCGCUGUUUAUGGCGGAAUGACGGAGCCGGGCGCCCAGAGGGAGAGUCCCGCUGGCAGCGGGGAACCGGGACCGGGCCCGGCGGCGCAACGGGAGGGCGCCGGGGCGGGCGGAGCGGACGGGAAGCUGGAGGCCCGGGACGGGGAGCAGAAGCAGCAGCAGCAGCAGCGGCAGCGGGAGGACGAGGAGGAGCUGGACCCCCGUAUCCAGGAGGAGCUGGAACAGCUGAACCAGGCCAGCGAGGAGAUCAACAAGCUGGAGCUACAGCUGGACGAGGCCAGGAACACUUACCGGAAAAUCCUCUCGGAAUCCGCCAGGAAGCUGAAUGCCCAGGGCUCCCAGCUGGGCAGCUGCAUUGAGAAGGCUCGCCCGUACUAUGAGGCUCGGCGGCAGGCCAAGGAGGCCCAACAGGAGACGCAGAAGGCAGCCCUGCGAUACGAGAGGGCAGUCAGCAUGCACAACGCCGCCCGCGAGAUGGUGUACGUGGCCGAGCAGGGUCUGAUGGCCGACCGGAACCGGCUGGACCCCACUUGGCAGGAGAUGCUGAACCACGCCACCUCCAAGGUGAACGAGGCGGAGGAGGAGCGCCUGAGGAGUGAGCGGGAGCACCAGCGGGUGACGCAGCAGUGCCAGCAGGCCGAGGGCCGUGUCCAGCAGCUGCAGAAGGCCCUCAAGAGGCUCAUCCUCAAAUCCAAGCCCUACUUCGAGCUCAAGGCCCAGUUCAACCAGAUUCUGGAGGAGCACAAGUCCCGGGUGACGUCCCUGGAGCAGCGGGUGUCCCAGGCCAAGACUCGAUACUCGGUGGCCCUCAGGAACCUGGAACAGAUCAGUGAGCAGAUCCACGCCCGGCGCCUGCGGGCUGUGGGACCCCGGCGCGCCUCGCCCGUGGGCGCCGAGUCUAGCCCGGCCCAGCCGGAGGAGGGGGAUAGGGAGAUGCAGGAGGCCUCGGCCCUCACCCCACUGGGAGCUGAGGGCCCUGCCUCUGAUACCCUGUCCGUCCUUAGCUUCCAGACCAUCGCCUCCGACCUGCAGAAGUUCGACUCGGUGGAGCACCUAGAGGAGCUAUCAGACGCCACCAGCCUGGACAGCGACGAGACGGAGCCCGAGACGACACGCAGCAGUCGCUCCACCUUCCUCUACAGGCACCACCGCAGCGUCAGCCUGUAGCCCGCUGGUCUGGGAGGGGUGGGCAGUUCCUGUCUCCUCCCCCACCACCCCCUCCACUGGCCCCAGGUACUCGCCUCCCAGGGCGUCCUACAUCCACCUGCACAGGGGCAUUGGAGACGUUGGCCAUAAAGGUCAGGGUGUAGGGGGCUAGUGGUGGGAGCCCGGGGUCCGUAUACCCAGGACUGUACUGUACCUCCAGGAGCCCUCCUGGAAUCUGUCUACAGGGUGUCUGUAGACCAUGGUCACUCCCUGUGAGAUAACCUGCCAGGAGGCUGUACUCUACUCCGUAGGGAUGCAGGAGUGUAUGACUGAGGCAUGGCAAAUAAUCCAGGGAUGUCUCCCCACCCCACUUCUUUUUCUUGUCAUGGGUACUUAAUCCAGGGGUUUCUCUUUCACUGUCACUGGCCUCCGGCACAUUACGCAGAGGUUUACCAAUCUCCUGUCCUGCCCGAGUGAAUCGCACCAUGUUGCCCCUCUCUCUGUGUCACCCAGUGUUUCCUCCCUUGUGUCAGCUGGAUAAAUCACCCAGUGAUUUUUCUCACUGUGUCUCAGCCAGGGGAAGUCACCCAGUGCUUCCACACUCUCUUUAUCUCAGCCUGGAUUGAUCACUGUGUUACCACUGGGACUCCAGUGUACCUCGCCCAUGAGUGGCAGGCCCAGCUGGGAGAAAUCGCCCAGUGUUUCCACACCCUCUGUACCUCAGCCCCGUAAAUCCCCAGUGUUUCCACACCCUCUGUAUCUCAGCCCCGUAAAUCCCCAGUGUUUCCACACCCUCUGUACCUCAGCCCCGUAAAUCCCCAGUGUUUCCACACCCUCUGUACCUCAGCCCCGUAAAUCCCCAGUGUUUCCACACCCUCUGUAUCUCAGCCCCGUAAAUCCCCAGUGUUUCCACACCCUCUGUAUCUCAGCCCCAUAAAUCCCCAGUGUUUCCACACCCUCUGUACCUCAGCCCCAUAAAUCCCCAGUGUUUCCACACCCUCUGUACCUCAGCCCCAUAAAUCCCCAGUGUUUCCACACCCUCUGUACCUCAGCCCCAUAAAUCCCCAGUGUUUCCACACCCUCUGUACCUCAGCCCCAUAAAUCCCCAGUGUUUCCACACCCUCUGUACCUCAGCCCCAUAAAUCCCCAGUGUUUCCACACCCUCUGUACCUCAGCCCCAUAAAUCCCCAGUGUUUCCACACCCUCUGUACCUCAGCCCCGUAAAUCCCCAGUGUUUCCACACCCUCUGUACCUCAGCCCCGUAAAUCCCCAGUGUUUCCACACCCUCUGUACCUCAGCCCCGUAAAUCCCCAGUGUUUCCACACCCUCUGUACCUCAGCCCCAUAAAUCCCCAGUGUUUCCAGACUCUCUGUACCUCAGCCCCAUAAAUCCCCAGUGUUUCCACACCCUCUGUACCUCAGCCCCGUAAAUCCCCAGUGUUUCCAGACCCUCUGUACCUCAGACCCGUAAAUCCCCAGUGUUUCCAGACCCUCUGUAUCUCAGCCCCGUAAAUCCCCAGUGUUUCCAGACUCUGUGUCUCAGCCCCGUAAAUCCCCAGUGUUUCCAGACUCUGUGUCUCAGCCCCGUAAAUCCCCAGUGUUUCAGCCCCAUAAAUCCCCAGUGUUUCCAGACUCUCUGUAUCUCAGCCCCGUAAAUCCCCAGUGUUUCCAGACUCUGUGUCUCAGCCUGGGCAGAUCACCCAGACUCUGCACACCCUCUGUACCUCAGCCAGAGUCCGCACAGCCUGUGUAUCUCAGCCCAGGUACAGAAGAAUUUCCUUCCCCAUUCCCCCUUGCACACGCUCACUCAUCGAUGUGCUGCUCUGGUGCUCUGGUCAGUGUGAGCCUCCCUUCUCUCCACGUCCUCUCGCACCUCCCUUGCCCCAGAGUGCCCAUCCAGCAUCCCCUUGUGGAAGGAGAGGCAUUUGAUCUGCAUUGAAGAUCCGUCCGCUUUGGAACCCCCCUGGUCUGGUAAUCCCAUGCACGAUGGACCUGGUACUCAGGGAACCUGGUCUGAUGACUGCAGGGCUGCCCAUGUAUCUGGGAUGUAUUUAUUACAGACUCGUUUUUAUAUCUGUACACAUUGGCCAAUCCAUCUCAGUUCAUCCCUCUCUCUGUGUAGAGAGAGAGAGAGAGAGAGAGCAGCCUCAACACACCUUCAGGAUGACUGGUCUCUCUCAGUGUUGCUAACUUUUCAAUGACACUUCCUGGUGACUGGGAAGUAGGUUCUGCAGUAAAUAAAAUUGUAAUUUCUG